AUGGGAACCCUAGGAAAGCCGGGGCAAUGGCCUCAUUUGGUUUUUGCUAUGGCAGUUUUACUCAUAGCAACCAAUGUGGUAGCUUAUACACCUUAUAGUUCUCCAUCACCAACACAAGAAUACUCCAAAGACAAUUACAACUCCGAUACCAACAAGGAUAAGCCUCUCUUACCACCAAAAGUUUUCGAAUUUCCAUGUCUUCUCCCUCACCAUAUUAUUACAAAUCUCCACCUACUCGUUCUGUCACCACCCCCUCCAUAUGUUUACAAAUCCCCGCCUCCACCAUCUUCAUCACACCCUCCUCCUUAUGUCUACAAAUUUCCACCUCCACCAUCUCCUUCACCACCACCUCCAUACGUUUAUAAGUCCCCACCUCCACCAUCUCCUUCACCUCCUCCUUAUAUCUACAAAUCUCCACCCUCACUAUCUCCUUCACCUCCUCCUCCUUAUGUUUACAAAUCUCCACCCCCGCCAUCUCCUUCACCACCUCCUCCAUAUGUUUACAAGUCCCCACCACCACCAUCUCCUUCACCACCACCUCCAUACAUCUACAAGUCCCCACCUCCACCUAAACAAGCAGAACAUCCACCAAAUUAUUACAAAUCUCCACCCCCACCCCCACCAUCUCCUUCACCACCUCCUCCAUACGUUUACAAAUCCCCACCACCACCAUCUCCUUCACCUCCACAGCCAUACGUUUACAAGUCUCCACCACCACCACCACCUCAUUCUCCACCACCUCCAUACGUGUACAAAUCCCCACCACCACCAUCUCCUUCUCCACCACCUCCAUACAUUUACAAGUCCCCACCACCACCAUCUCCUUCACCGCCACCCCCACACAUCUACAAGUCUCCACCUCCACCUAAACACAUAGAACAUCCUCCAACUCAGUACAAAUCUCCUCCCCCACCAUCCCCUUCACCUCCUCCUCCUUAUGUCUACAAGUCUCCACCUCCACCUAAACACAUAGAACAUCCUCCAACUCAGUACAAAUCUCCUCCCCCACCAUCACCUUCACCUUUUCCUCCUUAUGUCUACAAGUCUCCACCUCCGCCAUCUCCUUCACCACCACCUCCAUACGUUUAUAAGUCCCCACCUCCACCUUCUCCAGCCCCUCCCCCACCUUACGUUUACAAGUCGCCAACUCCACCAUCACCAUCCCCACCACCUCCUUAUAUCUACAAAUCACCUCCUCCGCCAUCCAAGACUCUUCCAUCUCACCCAUACUACACUUAUAAAUCACCCCCACCUGCUACAGGUUAUUAA